UUGGUAUUGUUUGUCCGACUGAGUUCUACUUGGUUUGCAAGUCACCGACUCGAAUCUGUCGCAUAUUUUAGUUUUCUAUCUUUUGAAAAGUAGUGAGUUUGCGUUGACUUGUAGUAAAAGAGUUUCGAUGUUGCUUCGAGGAUAGUGGUGCGAUUGGGCGGAAUUCGAUCCGUUGGGGGUUGAAACUAUUGAUACGCGUUGCUGGUGGAAAAUGGUCGGUCAGAGUCUGGACGUAGUUUUUGAUGUUGUGUGCGAGCGAUUGCCUCUUGUGCUUAGGAAGUGUCACGCUAGAGUUUGCUUGUUUUGAAGCGUAGAUUCUCGUCUACUUGUCACAACUCUUAAACAUCGGUAGGGAGGUUUGCUGAAGCUUACAACUCUGAGGUCUUUGGGUUGAGGAGGUUCAGUCACCAUGAGUUCAACUUGUUUGGAAAGAAGAAAACUCCCGCAGAACUUCUUCAAGUCUAUUCAUGAGAUAGAGCGCGAGAGACAAAAUUUGCAGAAUCAAGAGAAGAAGUUGAUUGUAGAGAUAAAAAUGUCGGCUAAGCAAGGCCAAAUGCUGCAAGAUAUGUCACUACGCAAUUAAGCAAGCGAUUCCAUAGCAAUUACUCCCUUGUUUACAGGAGAACAUGAGUGCUGCGGUCUGCAACAUUGCUCGGUAUCAUGGGGCGGUUGUGGUGCGACCUACACCUUGGGUUCGGAAGUUGUUGAAGUCAACGCAGGCUAUGGAGGACGCAAUGAAGGGCGUUACAAAAGCUAUGGGGCAAAUGAAUAAGCAGAUGAAUUUACCUGCAUUGCAAAAGAUUAUGAUGGAAUUUGAAAGGCAAAACGAAAAGAUGGAAAUGACAACUGAAGCCAUGGGCGAUGCUAUUGACAAUGCUUUAGAUGGAGAUGAAGAGGGAGAGGAAACUGAGGAGCUCGUGAGUCAAGUACUUGAUGAAAUUGGCAUCGACCUCGACUCUCAGUUGUUGACGGCUCCAGCUCAUGCAACAGCAGCUCCUGAGCGAGCUACACCGUCAAAAAUAUCUCAACCUCAGGGAGCAAGAGAUCCAGCAUCGGAUGAUGGAAAGAUCGACAGUGACUUACAAGCUCGUCUUGACAACUUGCGCAAAAUGUGUUCUCAAUUAGGGGAGUAAGCGCAUAAUUUUCUCAGGCCGCUACUUAGCUUUAAACCAGGUGUUUGCAAAUCCAGAAAAUUUGUUUAUGAGAUUCUAGUGAGAUACAUAACCUAAGUUAGCUAUGGCUGUGGCACAAGAAAACUUGAUUAUUGUUGAUAUUGGUUCUGUGUAUAGUACAUGUACUAUUUCUUGCA